AGCAUUUCCAUUUUCAAACAUUCAGCCGCAGUACAAAUGUGCUUCAAAAUACUCCGUACUCCUCAUCUCAUUCUAAAUGACAAAUCCGCUCAACCCCACCAUUUUGCUUUAGCUUGCAUUUCAUCCCUCCGGCAUCAUAUAAGCCUCUCCUUCUGUAUAUUUCCACUUACAGCAAAAAAAAAAGCUCAUUCAAGCCCGUAUUUGAUCAUCCUCUGCUACUUCCCUCGUCUCCGAUUCGCAGCAAUGCGGCCUUCAUCCUCUGUACAGAUUCAAAGAAACGAAUUGAGGAGCAGGUUUAGAUAUUGAAGGCUGAUAGAUGAAUGAGCUGUCUGAGAUGGAGGGAAAACAUCGAGAUAUUUUAAAAUGCGGAAAGUUGAAAAUUACAUAUACAAGAUCACACUUACUGUCAUUCAGUGGAUUGGAGCAAUGUAAAGCAUUCCCUCCGGAUUUUGACAUCUCCGUGUUAUGUGAAUUUGAUGAUGAACAAGGAAGGUUGCAGUCCAAUACUGCUGUAACGUCAUGCUAUAGCCACCGUAACAAUGAAUCAUUACAAUGCACUAGGUGUAGUUCGUUUAGAAAGUUUCAUAGCCCUUUAGGAAGAUGGGAGAAUCAAACUUGCAGGUCAACGGAAGUGUGCUUUCUCAGUGGACAUACUGGUUCAGAUUCCAGGAAGUGGGAUACAUCAGGGGUAAUUGGGCCAAAACCUCAAGAAAAUGACCAGGUUUACAAUCAGCUUAGGAAAAGUGAGAACCCUUACCGUCCCCCAACUACCUGUAAGGAUGUCAAUACCAAAUCAGAAGACUCAAAUUCAGUGAUUAACUUUGGUGCUGAAGAGGAUUUAUUAAUGCAUAUGAAGACUUCUCCACCUCUCAUAAACAAAAGAUUGGGCGUGCCCUUCAUUUCGAGCAAAGAAUCUGCUGACGAUCUUUUGGGUGAGAGGGAACCGUCAUGCAAAGUGGCUAAAUCUGAUCAGGGGAGUGAAGUUAUAUAUUCUCUUGCUCAAAAUAAAAGCACAAGUGUUGGUAUGAGAGAGAACAAAUCAACAUUUCCUUCAAGGACCUUAGAAGAGCAUCACAACUGUGCUAUAGAUAGCAAGAGCAACUGUUUAUUGGCAAUUGAGAGGCCCUAUGUUCCCAAUCUGGAUGAUGCAAUGAUUAAGGCUUCUUCAGAGGAAGUUGUGCAAAAUUCUAUGCUGGAUCUUGGUCCAAAUCCAAUCCUUGGAACCGACGUUGAUCAGAACAAAGUACUAUCCUCUUCAAUUGGAAGUUCAGUGGAUACAAUUGCUAAUAUGCCCACUCUUGAUACAAAUGAUAGCUUCAUAACCUCUAUCCUCAUUGCUUCUGGAGCAUAUGGCACAGUUUAUAAAGACAUCAACACUUCAAUUUUUUCCGAUUCCAGGAAGCGGGAUACAACAAGGGUAAUUGGACCAAAACCUCAAGAACAUGGCCCAGUUUACAAUCAGAUUGGGAAGAGUGAAAACCCUUACCUUCCUAUACUUACCCAUAAGGAUGGCACUACCAAAUCUGAAAACCCAAAUUUAGUGAUUAACUUUGGUGCUGAAGAGGAUCUAUUUAUGCAUACGAAUACGCUUCCACAUCACAUUAUGUUGAGCAAAGAAGUUGCUGACAAUUUUUUGGGUGAGAGGGAACUGUCUUGCAAAGUCACCAAAGCUGAUCAGGGAAGUGGACUUAUAGAUUCUCUUGCUCAAAAUAAAAGAACAAAUGUUAGUAUGGGAGGGUACAAUUCAACAUUUCCUUCAAGGACCAUAGGAGGGCAUCACAACUGUGUAGGGGAUCGCAAGAGCAACUGCUUAUUGGCAAUCGAGAGCCCCUUUGUGUCCAAUGUGGACGAUGCAAUUUUUAAGGCUUUUUCCGAGGGAAAUUCUGAGCUGGAACUCUGUCCACAUCCAAUCCCUAGAACCGAAGUCGAUCAGAACAAUGCUCUAUCCUCUUCAAUUGGAAGUUCAGUUGAUACAAUCAUUAACAUGCCACCUUCUGCCACAAACGAUAGCUUCUUAACCUCUCUCCUCAUUGCCUCCGGAGCCUACGACACGAACUAUAACGACAUUAAGACUUCGAUCCUUGCUGGGGAGCUUGAGAUGGCUAACUCCGAAGAAAACCCAUCAUCUUCUGAUUCUCUCCCCUCUACCAUAGCUGAUAAUAAUACCGACAAUGAUGAUUCAGAAGCUGCAUUAUGCCUGCCCGAUGAAGAAGACUUGCUCACAUUUGAUUAUCUCAAAAUGCAGGCGCACGACAGUUCAAUCACUUCCAGAGAUCUAACAGGUAGUAACUGCUCUAACUUGGCAUCUGACAAAAACAAGAAUUUCAUACAAACAUGUAUGAAGACAAUGCCUGCAGUGUAUUACCACCCUUUUCCCCGUGCACCUCCGUGGAAAACAAUGCCUUCCGUGUUUACAAGACUUGAUCUUUCUGAAGAACAACGUUUGCUUCCUCGGCAGCGGCAGGCAAGUAACUUCCAAAGGUCUUGUUAUCCUGCUUGGGAAUCGGAGAGGAUGCAAGCGUUUCCCCAUUUUUACUGUUAAUAAGACAACACAUCAGAGGUGAAGUGAGUUCAUCUCUCGUGGGCUAUAUUCUUCAAUCUGUAUCUUCUUUUCCCCUAAUUUUAGCCUUAUUUUCUGUUUGAAGUAAUGCUGUUGAAAGCAAAGGGUAAUGUGUGCAGAUUGUUGGGAUGAGAUCGUUUGCUGGGGUAAAUAAUAUCUGAAUUUUCUG